AAAUUUUCUGGCAUAAGCCAUGGCGCAUGAAACAAACGUAACUCACGUGACGUGGUAGGUGCUAGGUUGAUCCGGGUAAACCAAUAGUUCCCGGAAUCUUGACAGUAACAGAAACUCUAAUCGCACUCGAGAGGGAUUUUCAUUUUGACGGAAGAGAACAAAACGAAACCGUGGAGGAAAAGAUUCCUUCGCUUCUCUUCUCUUCUCGUGUUGGGCGUUCACAUCACUUCCUUCUCUGCAAGCCAAGAAUAUAUACUCUUGCAUCGCAUCGCCUAUUUCUUCUUCCCUUGCUUCUGUUCCGAGAUCUGCGCAUUAUUCCAGUGUUGGGCAAAUGCAACUGCUGGUGAAAAUUGGGUAGUUCAUUUGUGGAGUGACACCCGUGGAACUUGGGAAGCUGUGUUAAUGGAUCUUGAUGGAGGGAAUUUGUCAACAGUUACCACUGGAGUGCAGGCAAUUCCCAUUCGUUCAACACGGCAUGGUGCACUCUAUCAGUUUACACAGCAGAACCUUCCAGCAUGUAAACCUGUCCUUACGCCUGCAACAGUCAUUACUACAUUUCUAUUGAUGGGUUUCAUUUUCAUUCCUGUUGGAUUUAUCACACUUCGUGCCUCAAUUAGUGUUGUUGAAAUUGUGGAUAGGUAUGACAUUGAUUGUGUACCUGAAGAAUUCAGAAAUAACAAGGUCGCAUAUAUCAAAGAUGACUCAUUAACCAAAAAUUGUUCACGAUUCUUAAAGGUACUUAAGCCAAUGAGAGCACCAAUAUAUAUCUAUUAUCAGCUUGAUAACUAUUACCAGAACCACCGACGGUAUGUCAAAAGUAGAAGUGACCAGCAGCUCUUGCAUGGACUUGGAUACAAUGAUACCAGUUCUUGUAAACCUUUAGAGUCCUCUCAUGAUCUUCCAGUUGUACCUUGUGGGUUGAUAGCAUGGAGUUUGUUCAAUGAUACAUAUACAUUCAGUCGCGGGCCAACAGAAUUGAAGGUCAAUAGGAAGAAUAUUGCAUGGAAGAGUGAUCGCGAUCAGAAAUAUGGAAAACAUGUUUACCCAUUUAAUUUUCAGAAUGGGACUUUGAUUGGGGGUGGAAAGCUGGAUCCAAGUAUUCCUCUUAGUGAUCAAGAAGAUCUCAUAGUUUGGAUGCGGACUGCUGCUCUUCCUAGCUUCCGAAAGUUAUAUGGUAAAAUUGAAGAGGAUUUGGAUGCAGAUGAUGUUAUAGUAGUCCACCUAAAGAAUAACUAUAACACUUACAGUUUUGGUGGAAAAAAGAAGCUUGUUCUGUCAACAUCAAGCUGGCUGGGUGGAAAAAAUGACUUCCUUGGAGUCGCCAAUUUAUUUGUUGGUUCCUUUUGUAUAUUGAUCUCCAUCGUCUUCCUGUUGCUUCAUGUUAAAAAUCCUAGACCUUAUGGGGACACGACCUACUUAUCUUGGAAUAGGAAAAUUGUUGCAAGCUGACAAGGAACGUUGUACACUGCUAUGAGCCAUCAGGAGUGGAAUAGUUGAAAGCUUGGGUGGUUUGCAUGAGGUGAUAAGAUCAAACCUCAGCAUUGCCAUUGUACACAAAGAUACACUAUAUUGAAAUAGAAACUGUAUGUGGUCUUGUAUUUUGCGACAUAUUUUUAGAUAAGAGAUUUGGAAUAAUUUAUUAAACCAUAAAGGCAUGGGUCGCUUUCACAUACCAAAUUUCAUACCCGAGUAGUCUGGUAAAUAAUGUUAUUAUAUGCGGCAGCAUAAACUAGAUAGGAUAUAUAAAAAUGUUUGUUUAGCUUCUCAGAGCAUUAUACUUUUCUAAUGAUAGAAAAGGGAGGUUGCUCUGUAUUUUUUUAAGAUGUUUCUCUUCAUAAUUCUAUCACUUUUUAAGCUUA